GUGCAGGGGGGCGAGAGGGAGGGAGCGACGGCGCGCGGGCGUUUGAGUUGUUCGCCACCUACCCUCCAUUUUCAUCUCUUCUUCCCCGCCCAGUCUCGCUGUCCCUCCAACAACCGGCGAUCGUCGUCGACCGAGUAUUCCAGUAUACUAUACCAUACCAUAGCAGCAGCGCAGAGCCGACCUCUCCCAUUACCAAUCCUCCCUCCUCCACCUCCUCCUCCUAUCUUCUCCUGCUGUGAUCUCGCCGUCGUAACUCGGAAGAUCAGGGAGGAUCGGAUCGGAGGAUCGAAGAUCUCGGUCUCUCCAAGAAGAAGAAGCAGCAGCAGCUAGGAUUCGAUUCGAUCACGGCCAGAUAGAGGUGUUCGAUCCGUUCGUCGCCGUCGUCACAAAGGAGAGAGGGCCGCGGCGGCCGCCGGUGAGGAGGAGAUGUCGUCGUCGACGGCAGCGACGACGGACGGUGCCGCGUCGAGGCUCGGCGUCGCCGGUGCUCUGGGCAUGUCGGUCACGUCGUCUGUGGCCAUUGUCAUCUGCAACAAGUACCUCAUCAGCACCCUCGGCUUCUUCUUCGCAACGACGCUGACGAGCUGGCACCUCAUGGUGACAUUCUGCACGCUGUACGUCGCGCAGCGCCUGCGGUUCUUCGAGGCGAAGCCGAUCGACGCGCGGACCGUCGUCUCCUUCGGCUUGCUGAAUGGCAUCUCCAUUGGCCUCCUCAACCUUUGCCUUGGGUUCAACUCGGUUGGCUUCUACCAGAUGACCAAGCUGGCGAUUAUACCAUUCACCAUGCUCUUGGAAACCAUCUUUCUUAGCAAGAAGUUCAGCCGGAGCAUCAAGGCCUCUCUGAUGGUGCUGCUCCUCGGCGUCGGCAUCGCGUCGGUCACCGAUCUCCAGCUCAACCUCCUCGGCUCGAUCAUCGCCGUGCUCACCAUCGCCGCGACAUGUGUCAGCCAGAUCCUGACCAACCAAAUCCAGAGGAGGCUGAAGGUGUCGUCCACGCAGCUGCUGUACCAGUCGUCGCCGUACCAGUCCGCCGUGCUGCUCGUCACCGGCCCGUUCGUCGACAGGCUCCUCACCAACCGCGACGUCUUCGCCUUCUCCUACACCAUGCAAGUCGUGGCGUUCAUCGUGCUGUCGUGCUCGAUCGCGGUGUGCGUGAACUUCAGCACGUUCCUGGUGAUCGGGACGACGUCGCCGGUGACGUACCAGGUGCUGGGCCACCUCAAGACGUGCCUCAUCCUCUCCUUCGGCUACGUGCUGCUCCGGGACCCCUUCACCUUCCGCAACGUCGCCGGCAUCCUCGUCGCCAUCUUCGGCAUGGGCCUCUACUCCUUCUUCUCCGUCUCCGAGAGCCGCAAGAAGGCCGAGGGCCCCUCGCCGCCGCUGCCGCUCUCCUCCUCCCAGAUGGGGGAGAAGGACGCGGAGCCGCUGCUGGGCGGCGCGGCGGCGAAGAGCUCGCCGUGGAACGAGGCGAAGGGCGUGCAGAGCUUCGACGAGGUGCCGAGGACGGCGAAGACCGCCUUCACCCGGCCGUAAGAUCGAUCGGUGAAGACGAUCGAACGCGUGCAUCGCGUAGGACAGUAGCUAGUGAAAUCUGAGCCAUCUGUGAUGUGAUAGAGCAACGAAAUUUGAGCAAAAAAUUACAUAUAUAUCAUGCGACGUCGUCCCAUCUCACCGCAAUUCGUUCCUUUUUUUAAAAAAAAAUUCUAGAUGGCAUAAUGUAUUGGUUUGUUGGAUUUUUCUGUGGCUCCCAAGAACUGAAAAAGAUCGAUCUUUUUGUACAUGAGCUUGAACUGCAUCCUCUGUUUGAAUCAGGCCUAAACUGUGUUGAGAG